AAACCUAUUAUAUAUAAUCUAUAAAUAUCAGAUUUCUUAAAUAUAUUAAUCUAUGUAACAGAAAAAUAAUAAAAUUGUGUAAUUUAAUCAAUUUUUUAAAACAGGUAUUUAUUGAUUAUCUGUAUCAUUUUUAGUUACUAGUAUAACUAGCAAAGAGACUACGGAACAAGUUAUGACACAAGCAAUUGUCGAAAAUACUUUUACUCAACAAGAAAAUGAACAAGUAUAUACAAGUGAGGAAAAAGAUCCUGUAAAAAUAAAUGCUGAAGUGGCAGUAAAUGUCACUAAUACGAUCUCAACUAAUAUUACAAAAAUUAAUUGUUCAUCGGAGAAGAUAUAUGGUCCUGUUGAGAUUGUCAAUGCAACAAGGCUUAUGGAGUUAUUAAUCUUAGAACCUGGUCCAUCUAAUCGCUCAAGAAAUGACAAAGAUGAUAAACAGUUACCAGGAACAUGUGUUGUAGUAUUAUUUUAUGCUAGAUGGUGCAUAUUUAGUAGUCAAGCUGCACCACAUUUUAAUGCCAUACCACGUUCAUUUCCUCAUAUUAAAGCCGUGGCCAUUGAUGCUAUAAAACACCAAAGCUUCAAUGCUCAGUAUGGAAUAGUUGGAGUGCCAACAUUGAUGCUAGUUCACAAUGGCAAGCCUGUCGCCAAAUUCAAUGAUACUAUUUAUACCCUGGAAUUGUUUGCCAAAUUUGUAUCUCAUCUGACAAAUUUGCAACCGAAUGGUUCACUGUAUGUUACAUCGGCGGAUUUCAUGGGACCGGUUGCAAGCACGCCUUCCAAUGAAGUGGACUAUUGUCUAGUGUUGUCAUGGAUCUUUAUCAUUGCUUGCAUGUUGUACUUUACAUCGCGCAGCAGAUGGUGGCAACAGUUUAUCGAGCUCAUUCAGAAUACUUGGCGUGAGAGUAACGCACAACACGAACAUGUCGACUAAAUAACAUAUUUUAUUAUUAAUAAUUGAGUUAUUUAUUCAUAAAAGCUUUGUAAAUAUAUGUAUAUAUAAUAUAAAUAAUAUGUUUAUAUAUAUAGAUAUAUAGAAGAAGAAAAGUAAAUAUAUAAGAUGUAGAGUUAUUUUA